GAAACACAGACACCCUCAUUUGAAUAUCCCAUUCCCAACUUCUAGAAAAUUCUCUUUUAGGAUAUAUAGAGCCAGGGAAGUCUGUCACAGUCACGCUUUCCACCGGACACAGCUCGGAGAAGCAACCCUGCGAUAAUCUGUGCCAGAAUGAAAAUCGCAGAAAUGAAAACAUCUCAAGGUAUCACAAACAUGCAAUCACAGAGGAACAGAUGCAGUAUAAGUCUGCAUGAGAAACAGUAUGCCAGUGCAGCUGGUUAUUCAGAGCCCGAGGUUGUGCAUUCAGCCCAUUGUUUGAACCAGAGAUGGGAUGAUUUGGGUGCAGCCUACAGGCAUACGCCCUUUUCUUUCUCUGCAGGCAACAUGAAAAAAGUCUGCACUGUAUGUCUCGUGAUGAUUUCUGAUCCUCGCAUCUGAGGAGACACUAUUAACCAUUUGCAUCACUUAAAAUGUGUACUGAGAGGUGAGAUACAGCUUCGCUCCAAGUAAACGUCGAGUUUCAGCUGUUCAGCUCAGGCGGCGGUCGCUGCUGACGUGGCACGAAACAUGUCUCCCUCAAACUAGGGACAUUCCACAGCUCCUGAGUGGGCUGGCUCAACUCUGCCCUGCCUCCACAGCUCCACAGCCCAAGUAGUGCUGCAGCUGCUGUUGGAGACAGACAGGAUGUGGAUGACUAACAUUGUAGGCCUUUGUCUGCUGGCCUUGGUGGCCUCUGCAGAGGAUGUGAAGCUGAGCACCCACGCCACCACCCUGGCUGAUAAAAGCGCCAACUUGGCCUUCAGCCUCUACCACACCAUGGCAAAGGAGAAAGACACAGAGAACAUCAUCAUUUCUCCUGUGGUGGUGGCCUCUUCUCUGGGGCUGGUGGCUCUUGGUGGCAAAGCCUCCACUGCCUCCCAGGUGAAAACAGUCCUCAGCGCUGACAAACUCAAGGAUGAGCAUCUGCACGCAGGCCUGUCAGAGCUCCUCACUGAGGUGAGCAACGCCAAGACACGCAACACCACCUGGAAAAUCAACAACCGCCUCUACGGCCCCAGCUCUGUGUCCUUCGCUGACGAGUUUGUGAAGAACAGCAAGAAGCACUACAACUACGACCACUCCAAAAUCAAUUUCAGGGACAAGAGGAGCGCAGUGAACUCCAUCAACGAGUGGGCGGCCAAGUCCACAGGCGGCAAGCUGCCUGAAGUCACCAAGGACGUGCAAAACCCAGACGGAGCCAUGAUCGUCAACGCCAUGUUCUUCAAGCCUCACUGGGAGGAGAAAUUCCACGAUAAAAUGGUGGACACCCGUGGUUUCCUGGUUACUCGUUCAUUUACUGUCGGAGUUCCCAUGAUGCACCGCACAGGUCUUUAUGAUUUCUACGAGGACACAGAAAAUAAACUCUUUGUGCUGAACAUGCCUCUGGGCCAGAAACAGGCCUCCAUGAUCCUUAUCAUGCCCUAUCACCUGGAGCCCCUGGAGCGCCUGGAGAAGCUCUUGACAAGGAAGCAGGUGGACACUUGGCUCAGCAAGAUGGAGAACAGAGCCGUAGCCAUCUCCCUGCCUAAGAUCUCAGUGGAAGUCAGCCACAACCUGCAGAAACACCUGGCUGAGCUGGGCCUGACAGAAGCUGUGGACAAAGCCAAGGCUGACCUGUCCAACAUCUCUGGAAAGAAGGAUCUCUACCUUUCCAGCGUCUUCCACGCAUCAGCCCUGGAGCUUGACAUCGAAGGAAACCCAUACGACACAAGCAUCUUCGGUACUGAGAAGCUGAGGAACCCCAAACUCUUCUACGUAGAUCACCCCUUCAUUUUCCUGGUAAAGGACAACAAGACCAACUCCAUCCUGUACAUCGGCAGAGUGGUUAAACCUAAAGGGGACAAAAUGCGUGAUGAGCUAUAAUGUUUAAAUUUAUAAAUCGUGGUGGGUAGCUUUAUUAUUUGUGAAAUUAUGGCAGGAAACUGUGCACGUGUGUAAUUGUGUGUGAGUUUGUGUGCGUGCAUGUGUUGUUUUUGGUAUGAUUGUUACCUCAGUAGCACAUUCCAAUUGACAAUCUGUGGACUGAAUAUCCGAGCUUAGAAACAUUCGACUUUCCCAGGGAACAAUUCUGUUUACAUGUCUUCGUCUUAAGACCAUGCUGGGUUGACUAAUCUAAACAAAAGAACACGGACAUGCCUUUUAAGACUUUCACAAACAAACAGCAGUCGGCACAGCAGACAGCAUGCUUAUAUUAAGUACGAGUCCUCUUUCACAUCCUGUUUUUGCCUGCAUGUGUUCGGCUAUGACCUGUGUGUGCGUUUUUUUUUUUUUUUUUUUUUGCAAUAUCUUUAAUGUUUAAAGAGAAAAAAGAUCUAUGCACAAGCUGUUACAGUGCCGUCUCAUUCCCCCUCUCAUUUUGCCUCCAGUCUGCACUGAACUGUUCCCCUGCACGAGCUGAGCUUGCAGGGGAAAGGUGGCAAAACGUCUGGUGCUUAAUUUAAGUUGCAAACCAUUUUCCGUGUCGUCUUCUUGCUGUAGGUAUUUUCCACAAAGAAUCUGUUGGAAUUGUGUGAUUUAUGUGAUUAAUGUGGACCUUUUUCAAUAAAAAAAAAAAUGAAGAGAACAUAA